AUAUAAAUAGAGGGGAUCUUUGGUCAUCUUGAAUUACCCAGCAGCAAGCAAUCAUCCAGUUCGAAAAAGACUCCUCCAGUCAGUAACUCUACUAAUCGAAAUGAUGAAGCUGACCAUACUUUUCCUGUCAACGUUACUUGUCGCAUCCCAAGCUCGACAAUGGAGUCGUUGCGAAAUUGCGUAAGAAUUGAAUCGGCAUGGCUUCGCCAAUUUGGGGGAUUGGGUGUGCACUGCCGAAGCUGAAAGUAGUAGAAGGACAGAGGCCCUUGGCGGUCCAAAUAGUGAUGGAACUUAUGAUCACGGCAUGUUCCAGGUGAAUGACAACUAUUGGUGUUCCACCUCCUCCGUGCCUGGAAAGGAUUGCAACGUGCGGUGUGACAGCCUCCGAGAUGACAAUUUGACCGACGAUGUUGCCUGUAUUAGACUUAUUUAUAAUCGACACGGGUUCGAUGCCUGGUAUGGUUGGCAGGCUAGAUGUCGAGGACAAGACGUCAGUCAGUACCUGAUUGGAUGCGGGGUUUAAAAGGGCUGGCGUGACAGUGAAGACUUUACGAUGAGAAUAUAUACAUAAUUUGUGAAACGAAAUUCAAACUAAAUUUCAAAAUUUACAUAUCUAGCAAUCUAUUUCUAAUAAUGAUUGUUGAUAUAAUUAAUAUGACAAAACGGAUUAGACUUAAAAUUUUGAUAUAUCGAUUUCCACCUAAAGAUUGUCUACAUGUUAGUGAAACGAAUUAAUUACGACGUCAUCUACCGCACGAA